AUGUUCUCGAACAAUUCUUUUUUGCGACAUUAUGUCUCAUACAACUCCUCUCAACGAAUUAUUUCGAUUGCAGUUUGUGAUUUCUGUGAAGAAGAAUACCUCGACGUGUGCUCGAAAUGCGGCGGCCUGGUCUCGCUAGAAGAAAACCCCGUUCCAAGAGGCACCGAAGAUCGCGCCAUGAAAACGGCCCCGAAAGGCGUCCUCGAGGUGCGCCGAUCUGAAAUCCACGGUUUUGGGGUGUUCGCCUUGAAAAAUCUGAGGAAAGGGCUCCGUUUGGGGCCGUACGACGGGAGUAUCACCAGAAUUGAUACCCAAAACGGAUAUGCUUGGAAAAUGAGGGAUGGACGAUUGAUAGAUGCGAACGAUACAAGAAACUCGAAUUAUCUGAGAUAUGUGAAUUGUCCAAGGAAAGCUGAAGAACAGAAUCUUGUCGCCUUUCAAUACAAAGGGAGUCUUUAUUACCGCACCUGUAGGGAUAUAUCCAAAGGAGAGGAGUUGUUGGUGUUCUACGGGGUGUCCUUCGCCAGAAAUCUGGGCAUAGACCCAAAGAAGUACUUCGAACCUGAAGAGGAAAAGACUAUGCCGGAUUUUUAUACCUGCAAGUUUUGCUCCAUCGGGCUGGGAACUGAAAAGUUUCGCGACACGCACCAGAAGUAUUGUCGAUUCGAUCCGAAAAAGAUGAGACGAUAUGAAGGAGAAGUGUACCAAUGUCAGUUUUGUAAAUGUGGGAAUACCACUAAGGAGUUUUUGGAGAGACACGAGAGAAAAUGUUCGAAGCGCGAAGGAAAUAUUCAAAUUGAUGGGAAAAAGAACCAUAGUUGCUUGUACUGUGAAAAAGGGUUCACUUACAAGUCGCAGUUAUAUGUUCAUGUAAUAGAAAUUCACGAGAAGGAAAACACACAGGUCAAUUCAUGUUGGAAUUGUGAUAGCAAAAAUAUUUUCAUACAUGGAAGUGACCAAUUAAAUAGGUGUCAAAAUUGUGGAAAAAGUUUCCAGAUAAAGAAGUUUCGGAAACUUUUUUCAUGUGAACACUGUGAAUAUAAAACAGUCAAUUCGAGUGCUUUCAAUAAACAUCAGCUUAAACACAAAAAACCAGCAACGAAAUAUGGAUUUGACCUUUGUAGUUACACUAGUUCUUAUGGAAAAAAUUUGAAGAAACAUCUAUUGAUACAUUCUGGUUAUUUUCCAUAUUUUUGCACUGAGUGCAAGAAAAUAUUCAACAAGAAACAAGAAUUAGAUGGCCACAUAUUGAAAAAUCACAUCGAUAACGAAACGUUGAUGUCUUCAAUUUCUAAUAAGAUUCAUCAUUGUGAAUUUUGCGAAUACAAAACAGUGAAUUCAAUUGAAUCUACCAUUCAUCAAUUGAAGCAUAAUAAAGAUAAUAUUGCACCGAGUUAUCACUGUCAAGAGUGCAAUUUUUCAAGUUUUUGGAAGGGCAGUUUUGAAACGCAUUCGAGAAUACAUUCCAAGAACUUUCCAUAUUUAUGCAAUGGAUGUGAAAAGAGAUUCAAUCACAAAAUCUCUCUGGAUUCACACAUCUUGAACAAUCAUAGAGAUAAUCAAACGUUGGUGUCAUCAAUUUCUAAUAGAAUUCUCCACUGUGAAUGUUGCAAUUAUCAAACCAUAAGGAGUUCCGAUUUGAAACGACACACGAAAAAACACAACAAAAAUAUAUAA